AUGUUUUCGUUAAAAUUUUCUUAUAUUUUUAUCGCGUUUUUUUUCUUUUCGACGAAAACGUGUUUGUCGAAUCCUUUAGAACAAACACAAACGCCGUCACAACAACAACAACAACAACAAAAAGUUUUUGAUGAUGUUAAGGAUGGUUCAACCGAUUUCGUAUCUCAAUCGCCGGAAAAAGUUUCGCAAGAUCCCGUAGGAAAUUCACAGGAUGGUACGAGGGAACAAAGGAGUUAUUCGCCAAAGGAAAACGAUAUUGAAAAACCGUACAGUCAAGUCGAAGAAUCACUUUUGCAAAAAUUAAAUUUAAAAUGUUCUCAAAGGGAACCAACGUCUUGCGCCAUGUUGAAACUCAUCACUUACAUGAACAGAUUAUUUAAAAAAGCAAACAUCGAUAUAACGGAAAAUAUUGAAAUCACUCAAACAUCCGCCGUGGCAGAAGUCAAAGCUGUUAUCACGUCAAAUCCGGAUUCUAACGGAAAUUUAAAUUUGGCAAUGUCGCUCAAUAAAAUUUCACCAGAUAAUUUCGAAGGUAGGAAAAAAAACAAAGGAAUGGGUGGCAUACUUGCAUUGAUGGCAAUGAAAGCUGGAAUGGCUGGUGCAUUGGCACUCAAAGGAUUGGCGUUACUCGUUGGUAAAGCUUUGGUCGUUGCUAAACUCGCAUUACUCUUAGCAGCCAUCAUCGGUUUGAAAAAACUUUUCCAUCAAGAAAAACACGUGACUUACGAGGUCGUCGCGCAACCACAUCACACUCAUAGUCACGUCGAACAUGUUGAACAUGGUCACGGUGGUGGUGGCGGCGGACACGAUUCAUACAGUUCAGGUUGGGGAAGAAGUGCUACGGAUGUUGGAAAACACGAUGCUCACAACAUGGCUUACAGAUCGUACAUACCAAAAAAUUAA